AUGGAAAAGUUUAUGUGCAAAAAUGAAGUGAUGGGACCCAUUUUGGACAAGUUGGGGGAUCGUGUGGUUGCCAGUAGUGGGAUUCCUAGUGAUAGAUGUCAUCUUGGUAAAUUAAUAUUUCAGAGUAUAAAAGAGGAUCCAGAUUUUGUUAUGCAGAUUGACGGCAGAACAGGCGAAUCAGAAACCAAUGCAUCAGUAUUAAGAAGAAGUAUACAAUGUGCCACUGCCUUUAGAAACCUGGGUGUGAAUACUGGUGACGUCAUCGUUUUAAUGGCUACCAAUCAUUUGGACCAAGGCAUACCAUUGUAUGCUGCGUUGUACCUUGGCAUUGCCACCGCUACUAUUGACAGAACAUUGUUAGUUGGUGAAUUGGAAUCUACCUUCAGCAACUUACAACCGAAAAUGAUCUUCUGCCAAAGUGAAAAAGUGUUAGAUGUCCAAAAAGCUACCAGUCAAGCAGGUUUGAACACGAAAAUCAUCAGUUUUGAUGCAACUCCAUAUGCUAUGAGUUUCUCUGAAAUGAUGCAGACGUAUGGAGAGGAUAUCGAUGUGAAUGAUUUUAAGCUAGCAGACUUCGAUCCACAAGAAACAAUUGCCUACCUAGUGUCCACAAGUGGUACCACGGGACUGCCAAAAUCUGCUAUAGUGACACACAUGAAUAUGGCAGUUGGCGGCAAAUACAUUUUCACGUUAGCCAAGCAAUUCCCUCCAGUGCAAUCAGUCCUCAUCGUGGCUCCUCUGCAAUGGUUGUCAGCUCUGAUCAACUACGUCAUGGGACCAAUAUUUAACUACGGAAGGAUACAAUCAUCUGCACCCAAUACCAAUGAACAUAUAUUGGAGUUAAUUCAAAAAUAUAAGCCAAAAUUCAUAAUAUCCAGUCCGCCAAUGAUGGCCGCUUUGAUGAAGGCAGCUCCGAAGGUAAACUGCGACUUCUCCUGCUUUGAUAUGAUUUAUCUUGGGGGAAGUGCAGUGCCACCAGAGAUGAUAGAUGAGUUGAAAAGACUGAAUCCAAAAGCAGUAGUUACUGAUGUUUAUGGAAUGAGUGAGGUUGGUUCUUUGGCUCUCUCUAACAAAAUAUCUUCGGCUGGUUCCUGCGGGAAGCCGAUGUCGCACAUAAAAUACAAGUUUGUGGAUGUCGAUACAGGAGAAGAAGUUACGGAGCCUUACAAAAGAGGAGAACUUUGGAUCCAAACUCCAGGAUAUUUCAAGGGCUACUACAAUAAUCCAGAGGCGACAGCAGAAGUGCUGACUGAAGACAAAUGGUUCAAAACUGGUGACAUGAUGUACAGGGAUGAGGAGUGGAACUUCUUCUUCGUGGAGCGCAUCAAACUGCUGCUGAAGUAUAAGAACCAUCAGAUCUCCCCAGUAGAGCUAGAAGCUGUGAUUCGCCAGCACCCAGGAGUAUUGGACGUGGCUGUCACCAGCCUAACUCAUCCUGAUGAUGGAGAAUUGCCUGUGGCGUGCGUAGUACAACGGCCAGGCUUCGAAGUCACCGCUGAUGAGAUCAAGAACUUAGUCAAAGAAAACCUGACGGACACCAAACAGCUCCGAGGAGGAGUAAUGUUCCUGAAGGAGUUACCUUUGACCACCUCAACCAAAGUACACAGACGGAAGCUGAAAGAACUUGUUGCGGCGAAAAGGAAUGAAUUGCUAUAA